CGCCGUCGUCUUCGUGUACGACGUCACCAAGAUGGCCUCCUUCACCAACCUCAAGAUGUGGAUCGAGGAGUGCAACGGGCACGCGGUGCCGCCCCUCGUCCCCCGGGUGCUCGUUGGGAACAAGUGUGACUUGAAGGACCUGAUCCAAGUGCCAUCCAGCAUGGCCCUGAAGUUCGCCGAUGCGCACAACAUGCUUUUGUUCGAGACCUCGGCCAAGGACCCUCAGCAAAGCCAGAACGUGGACGCCAUUUUCAUGUGCCUGGCCUGCCGGCUGAAGGCCCAGCGCUCGCUUUCCAGUUUCACCUGCGGGCUGGCUGGGGCCGUCGCCUCCAACCCGGUGGACGUGGUGCGGACGCGGAUGAUGAACCAGCGGGCGAUCGUGGGCAGCACGGAGCUCUAUAAGGGCACGCUGGAUGGCCUGGUGAAGACAUGGAAGAGCGAGGGUUUCUUCGCGCUCUAUAAAGGUUUCUGGCCCAACUGGCUCCGGCUGGGUCCCUGGAACAUCAUCGUAUCCUUCAGCGAGCUGCGGGGAGGUCGUGGGUACGGACAGGCGGGGGAGGAGUGA